AUGGCCUCUUCCAUGACAACGUCGGCUUCGAGCGUCCAGCCUCUCGCGACUGAGAUUGUCGAGAUGAUCGCGGGCCAUCUAGAUGACAAAACGCUAUUUAGCUUCGCAGCAGCUACCCGAACGAUUCGCAGUAAGUCACGCUACAUCUAUGGUACGCAGUUCUUCACGACUAUCCAAUGUCUUCAGCAUCCUAUCAGUCUACAGCGACUUACAGACCUGCCCAACUCUCCGGAUCUUGCGAAAAAUGUUCACACUAUCGUAUUUGACGUAGCCGAUGGACCACUGAUCGACCCCAUGCACGAUGAAGACGUCAAGCGUUCCGAGGCCCAUUCGCUACAACAGUUUCCCCUCAGAUCAUUGGAAAAGCUCAGAAGUGCUCGACUUCACAUCGAUUCCAAUAUAAUAUCGCAAGCGCUAUCCAAACUUCCAAAGCUCGAGCUGGUGUUGGUCGCUGGUGUUUCCCUGGAGUUGUCAUAUCAAUCUCGUGAAAACAGGUCUAAAAUCGACUGGGGGUCCGAAUGCCCUUCUGGGCACUGUAAAUUACGUGAAACACAGGCUACCGUCGAUGUUGUGUUCCGAACGGUUUCAUUGGCGCUGUCACGUGCCGGCGUCAGUCCUAAGAUCCGUCUGGGACUGCGUAGGAGCCGUGCAUGUCGGGAAUACUUUGACCCCAUGUUGGGACUAUCACGCUCUGUCGUAAUUGAAACGCGAAAUCGUUUCGCUCAUCUAGAGAUUUUGGAAGGAUCCAUGGAUACCGAGAGGUAUAUCGGCGAAGAAACAUUGAAGCUUUUUCGACAGAGCAGGUUCGAAGUUCUGGACAUCAAUUAUGGGCAACAUGUCUCCAGGGGCUCAAGACAGCCUGCUAUGGCGUGUCUACAGGGAUUAAACUUCAUUAAUAUUGGUCUUAAAAUGCUUCGCAAACUGACAAUUCAGAGUCUAUGGAUAGAUGAUUAUGUAUUUUUCGAUUUCAUCCGCUCUCACGGGCAUACCCUAAAAGACUUCACCAUGGUCAAUUGCGACGCGUACUCUGAACUGAAUGAAGACAACCCAUGGCUCAGUUUUUUUCACGCUUUGGCCGAGAUACCUGCUCUGGAAGUCCUCAAGCUGGCCUACAUCCAUAAAUUAAAGGCAUCCAAUCCUGACGAAGCGACCGCUGAGCGGAACAAGUGUCUAGAUACUUCCAUGGUGGCGGAAGGCACCUGGUCUGGCCACGUUGAGAUCAGUCGCGCACUAGAGUAUUUGAUAUAUGCCUACGUUUAUACUCCCAAUCCGCUAUCUUUCCUGGAUCUACCAUUCGAUUUCGAUGGUCGCACACUCUUUGGGUACUUGGAUGAUAGAAGGUACUUGAAUCUUCGGUUUGCAAACUUCAAGGCAGCCACGCGAUAUCAGUGGACUGGGGCUGAAGCCAAAGCUCUCAAGGUCUACAGGGAGAAACACCGUAGGGCGGAUAAUACCGUCACUUCUAAGCUCAACCCUGUGGACGACCAGGACAUCUUUCCAAUCCCGGAAUACGUACAAACUACGGUAGUAGCGAAGGAAAAUAAUCUCUCGCAAGAACUAUUGUGA